UUAAAUAUUGUUCUCAAAAUUACGACUUAUUUAUCGCUUUAACACUGUUAUCCACUGAUCCGUGUAAAUCUCACUCACAUGACUGUUAUUUUUUAUUUGAAAUCUGCGAGUGAAGACUUUUACAGGAAUAACAUUAUUAUUAAUCAUUCAGCAGCUGAUCAGAUCAGAUCAGAUCACUGAUUCAUUGAUGAUCUUGAACUUUGGUGUUGUAUUUUUUUUAACUGAUACUGGGUCACAGUAAGUAACUGUCAUCCGAUAAGAUUUUGUGUCUUGUUUAAAUAUACAUGGAACUGUUGUAGAAACUGAGAUUUGCCCCGUGCAUAAUGAUCUUGUAAAGAAUGUAAAAUAAUUAAGGUUUAAGUAAUCACCUGAAUUUAGAUUUAAACCAGGUCUUUGAAAUUGGAAUGAAAAUGAGUUCGAACAGAUUAUAUCAGUCUGAGAACUCAACUCUCAUGAAUGGAUUAAAUGUUGACCAUCAACACUAUGGCAGUUCAACCCAGCAUGAUGCUAACGAGAGUGAGGGAUCACAAUACACUGAAUUACUACGAGGAAGUGUUCCCUGCCCAACUUGUAGAGGUGUUGGAAAUAUACCAAAAGAGCAGGAGGGUGAACUUGUGGCCUUGAUACCGAUGAAAGACAAAAGGCUUCGACCUCGCAGAACGUACAUAUGGGUGGGUUUGGCCGUGCUUCUCACGCUGGUAUUGGCGGGACUUCUCAUCUUCUUCAUCAUGCCACGAAGCGUUGAUAUUGCAUCCAAACGUCCUUAUCUGCGUCCUGUUGGAGCUGUGUAUGUGAACACUACAGAGGAUGUUGUCAACUUUACUGUAACAAAUCGAUUCAACGUGUCUAACCAAAACUUCUUCGAAAUCAAAGUAACAAGCGUUAAACUGACGGUCCUGUAUGAUACUCAGGUUAUAUCAGAAUCGUCAAACUUCACGAAUUUGCUUGUACCAAUGCGAGGUCAGCGUCAAUACUUCAUAGACAUUCCCAUCACCUUCAACUUGAAAAACCAGAUGGGAUACAUGGCGGAAAGCUGUUUAAACUCGAUUAGAUGGGCGCAUGAACUGGUCAUGAUGUUUGAGUUCACCUGUAACUAUGAGGUUCUUGGUCACACGGAGCAGUCAACACUUCAGACAUUCCAAUUUGUUAGUUGCUAUAGCAGUGAAAAACCUUCCACCAUUGCCCCACCUCUGACUAAACCACCACAAAACACAACAACAACGGCUACAACAACUACAGCAGCAAUAACAACAACAACAACCAAUGUUACUACUGCUAAAGAACCAAUGAGAGUAACUGCACCUUCAUGAAAUUCCACUUUAACUUGAGUGUAAAGUUUCAUUUGGGUAUUUGUUCUAUCACUACUUUGUAAAUAAACUUGACCUUUACAAAAGAAUGCUUUAAUCUCAUGAGGAUUGAUUUUUGUAAAUAAUAGUGAUUUCAUCACAUUGCAAAUUCAAAACUUUUCUGUGGAAGCAUUUUAUAUUUCCAUGGAAACAGGAAUUAUACUUGGUUGGUCAAAGAAGUCUGAACACAAAAAUCCUGAAAACAGAACCUCGAUAAUUUAAAUCAAUUUGCAGUAAAACAUGAAUUAUAUGCAUUUUUUAGCGACAACUUGGAUUUAACAUGUAUCAGGGCUAAGCAUUAUUUGAAUUUUUGAUAUGAGCAACAUUAGGAAAUUGCAAAAACAAGAUCUGAUGAGAUAAACUUUGUUGUUACUGUAUAUUUACAUAUUGCAUUAGUGGUCAUUCAAUAUCAUGUAAUUAGUGUUUUCCGAAAUUGAUAAAAAACUAGCCUUGGUAAAUUUUUAUUAACUUAUAACAGGUUUUGUAAAGUAUGUAUUGAAUGAUCAUGACUGAAGUAUCUUAUUUAUAUCAUUUUUAUCAAUUUGAGUAUUGACAGCACUAUAUACAUAAAAUGUUUAAAUAUAUAUUGCACGCAUUUUUAAUGCUAUUUAUUUAAGACGUCACAUCAAAAAUUACGACACUAGAUAUGUAUAAAUAAUAUCCACAAGAUGUUUUUUUAAAGCUUGGGACUUACCGUAAUUAAUAUUGAAGUUCAUUAAUUGUGGAAAUGGUAAUUUACAUAUAUGUGUAUUCAUAGCAACACAUCACUUUACAUUGAAGAGAUAUAAUGAUAGCUAUUAUACUAUGUUGGUUAGUCUUGCAUUCUAGUGUUUGACAAUAAAAUUAAUACUAACGAAAUGGACCGAAUUAGCCUGGAAAUUUACAUUAAACUGAAGGCAACCUGUCAUACACGUGCGCUUCAGUGCUCAUUUUAAGCCAGUUGUUUUGUGUUUCAUGUGAAUAGAACUCCCAUAUAUUUAUUGGUAGAUCUCGAUAUAUGCUGGUCAAAUUAAUGUUUUUUUUUCCUUUUGAAACUGUUUUUGCUUGUGUAUUAAGUGUCCUACUGAUUGUGUUAUAUUUAUUUUACUUUUCAUCUCUACAUAUAUAAAUGGUUAAAGAAAUAUAAUGUAAGUCAAAUAUUUUUUUAAUGCUACUUGAAUGACAGAUUUGUGAAAUUAAAAUAUUCAAUGUGUUGCUGAAAUUAUAUCUGUUGUGAGAUGAUUGCUUACGGUACUCUUGUCAAAAGUUACUUUCAUAUUAAGAAAAUCUGUUAUGGUCAUUUAUUGGAUAAGCCACUGUAAUGGGCAUACAAAUGAAAAAUUGGAAUGAGGGUUUAAACCAAGAUUGGGCCCCUAUGGUGUUUUCUGUGAAGUUCAUCUGACACUUCGGGAUAACUUUAUCCAUUGUCCCAGUCCCUGUUUGCGUCACACUAUUGUUUCCAUUGAAUAGCGUAUCAACGACAUGGUUUAGAGUCUUCUAACUAGUUAUGCACAUUGAUCAUUGCCAGUAUAUGACUCCUAUUGAGUCUAGGGUGAAACAGUCAAAAUCAUGGUGACCUUUACCAGGACAAUUAUGGGCACUUUCAUUCCGAUCAAUAUCUUUGGAACAACUGGGUGUAGUCUUAAAAUUUGUUAUGGUCAGUAGUAGAACCCUUCUGAUUUUCGGUGUCAAAGGUCAAGGUCAUGGUGACAUUUAAUAGCAAAAUUUAGGGCACUCCAAAAUGGUGACACAUAAGAUUUGCAAUAUUCUAGUCUAUUUUGUUAACAAGAGUUGACACAAUGUUAAGGAAAUGUCUGCAUUUAAUCAAAAGGUUCAAAACUGAAAUCUUUGUAGAGCACAUGUUCAUGUUAACAUGCAUACAAAUAUUUAGCAAGUUCCAAAGUAUGAUAAUAAAUAGUAUUUUAUAAGUUCAUUGCUUUUCCGGGCGUCAUGUACUCUUUCUGUACCCUUUCCUUUGUUUUUAUGGCAUAACAAAAUGCUACAAGUGGUGCUUUUAUGUAUAUAUAUAUAUAUAUAUAUUCUUCAUUUAGAUUUACCGGUAUUGUUUAUUGUUGUUUUUCAGGGGGGGGGGAGUCAUAGAUAUAAUUAAUAUAUUCACAUACAAGAUCUGCUUUAAUAUAUUCACAUACAAGAUCCGCUUAUAUGAGUCGUUCAGUACAAACACAGGGUUUCAGCUGCAGGGUUAUGGUGCUGCACCCUGUCCUUCUUCAACAGCACCGUUCUGCCCUCAUGGAGACCAGCAUGGGUACCGGUACCCUUCUGCCUUCAUAGAAAUAAAUGCUCAAGACAGUCAAAUAUUUUUUUGUUUUGUUUAAGACUUAUAAUUGAAACCUAAUAUAAUUUUCAAUUAAACAAAAUUUCUUACAUUUUUGCGAAAUUCAUAAUGUUGAAAUUCAUCAUAGCCCGAUUCAAUGUGUCCUUUUUCUACAGCACCCUGUACUUUUUAAAUUGUUUAAAACCCUAAAACAAUUCUAUGUUAUUAGUCCCAUCACUGUGUAUUUUUCAUGUACACUGAUUAAUGAUCUUGUUACUUAUUUGUGCAGAUAUUCCCCGGAAUGUUAUUGUUUAACAUAAAUAUUAAAGAUGCACUCUUACUCCCAAAUAAGCUUUACCACAAUUAAUACAAUUUUUUUUAAUAUACCAAAAAAGAAUGAAUAAAUGUUGAAAACAAUGAAGGAUACCGAGUUUAAUUUGAAAGAAAGGUGCAGAAAACAAGGUAUUUCUACCUUACGAGACAAUAGUAGAUCACAGUAAAUUUUUUAGCACUCACCAAUCAUAUAUUUUUCUUGUUUUCUGCUAUUGAAUACACAGUUACAAUCUUGUUAUCAGUAAUAAAUAGUUUCCAUAAAUGCAUUAUCUGGUAAGAAGUUAAGGUUUAUCACUCAAAAUUUAUGUUAUACAUGUGUAUGUAGUGAUUUUGAUUAAGAGUUUCACUUUAAUGAGGAAUCAUUUUAAGAUUCUCAUCCUGCUUGAAACUGCUGAAACAUGCAUUUUUAGAUAAAUUUUCAGCCUUGUUAAGAAGUGGUAAAAUUUUAGCCAAACUGCACAUAUCUAAAUGUACUUUUAUAACAAGAUUUAGCUAAGCAGGCUAUUUUUGUUUGGGUAUAAUUUAAGUAAUAUUUCCAUUCUUAAGAGUGUUUGGACUAAGUAUUAAUAUUCUUAAGAGUGUUUGGACUAAAAAAUUGAAAUAAUCUAUAUGGUAGUAACAAUAUAAUCUAUAUGAAAAUCUCGAUAUGGUAAAAUCAAGUCUAAAUUUGGUUUGAUGAAAUAAGCUACUUAAGCAGUUUUCGGGAAAUUGAUGCCAGGCCCCAAUUUCUCGAAAGUUCUUAAGUCACUUAUAACACGAUUAAGCUAAUCUCACUACUUUUGUAGAGAUUUAAGACUUUAAAUAAAUAGGAAAUAUGUUUUAUGAUAGUCACAAUAAACAAUUGUCCAUCCAUCUAAAUUAAAUUUAAGUAUGUAUUUUGGCUAAGUGAAAUCUACUUAAGCCUGUUAAGCUAAAGAAGUUUCGAGAAAUUGAUGUCUGGUGACCUCAUAUAAUUUUGGUUUCAUUUGAAAGAUUAUUCCUUCCUAAUUACUAAAGUAUAGAAUAUAUAUGUCAAAAGAGUGAAAAUCAGAAACUCAAUCAACAGAAUAUAAACAUUCACUAUUUCAUCAAAACAACGCAAUGUUUAAAACAUCUAGAUCUGUCUUUCUUAUAUACAGAUGAGAAACUCAAAACUGUUUUUCUGUGGCUUGAUUAUUAUAUCAUCAUGAAGAUAUGAAUGGUAUGGCCAGUUUCAUGAUUUCAUGACUGUGAUAUAUAUGUAUAGUCAUUUGUUGAAUAUUCAGUUUAAGCAGAUUUUGUUAUUUAUGUAUAACUUGUGUACAUUAUUUCUUGUAUUUUGCAUGCUAUGAAUGAAAUAAAACAAAACAA